CCGCCUGGCCGGAGGGGUACUUUGCUUCGGGGCGUCUGUCACCGACGCCGCGAUGGGUAAAACUGCUGCCUCGUUAGAUCCGGGAGCCCGGCCCGACCCGGUCCGGAGCUUCAAUCGUUGGAAGAAGAAACACAGCCAUAGACAGAGCCAAAAGAAACAGCUGAGGAAGCGACUGAAAAAGCCCGAGUGGCAGGUGGAGCGCGAGGUUAUCAGCCGCCUGAUGCAAAACUACGAGAAGAUAAAUGUUAAUGAAAUUACAAGAUUUUCAGAUUUCCCUUUGUCUAAAAAAACAUUGAAAGGUAAAAAACAAUCUUUUCUUACUCUGCUAAAAUGUGUGUCUUACAUGGCUUCUCAAUGAAUGAUCUUUGAUUUGGAAGGGAAAGGGUUGAGGCUCAGGAUCAAAAGAGGACUUAUCUCAGGACUUCUUAACCAUUUAUUUGCUCUCUGUUUUGAGGUGCUGGAAGCUUUAUAUCGUCUGCAGUGGACCUCAGCAGAUGGGUUGGGAGUUCUGAUAAUAUCUCCUACAAGAGAACUGGCCUAUCAGACCUUUGAGGUCCUCCGGAAAGUAGGAAAGAAUCAUGAUUUCUCAGCUGGUCUCAUCAUCGGUGGAAAGGAUCUGAAACAUGAAGCGGAGAGGAUCAAUAACAUCAAUAUUCUAGUUUGCACACCCGGCCGGCUUCUUCAACACAUGGAUGAAACAGUAUGUUUUCAUGCUACCAGUCUCCAGAUGUUAGUUCUUGACGAAGCAGAUAGAAUAUUGGACAUGGGCUUUGCUGAUACUGUGAAUGCUAUUAUUGAAAAUCUUCCAAAGAAACGUCAGACUUUGCUCUUCUCAGCAACACAAACCAAAUCUGUCAAGGACCUUGCACGCUUGAGUUUGAAAAACCCUGAGUAUGUGUGGGUGCACGAGAAAGCAAGAUACAGCACCCCUGCUACUUUGGAACAGAACUACAUAGUGUGUGAGCUUCAGCAGAAAGUCAGCGUGCUCUAUUCCUUCAUGAGGAGCCACCUGAAGAAGAAGAGCAUUGUAUUUUUCUCGUGCUGUAAAGAGGUUCAAUAUCUGUAUCGAGCAUUCUGUCGGCUGCGUCCUGGUAUUUCUCUCCUUGCCCUCCAUGGUCGGCAGCAGCAGAUGAGAAGAAUGGAAGUUUAUAAUGAAUUUGUCCGCAAGAGAGCUGCAAUACUCUUCGCGACUGAUAUUGCAGCCAGAGGGCUGGAUUUCCCUGCUGUGAAUUGGGUGCUCCAGUUUGAUUGUCCAGAGGAUGCCAACACAUACAUUCACAGGGCGGGGAGAACUGCCAGGUACAAAGAAGAUGGUGAAGCUUUAUUAAUUUUGCUUCCUUCAGAAGAAAAGGGGAUGGUGCAGCAGCUUCGCCAGAAGAAAGUGCCUGUGAACGAAAUCAAAAUCAAUCCAGAAAAACUUAUAGAUAUCCAGAAAAAACUGGAAUCGUUUCUAGCCCAAGAUCAGGAUUUAAAAGAAAGAGCACAAAGGUGCUUCGUCUCCUACAUACGUUCAGUAUAUCUGAUGAAGGAUAAAGAAGUAUUUGAUGUGAGCAAGUUGCCUCUACCUGAAUAUGCCCUGUCUCUUGGUCUUGCUGUGGCACCACGAAUAAGAUUUCUUCAGAAAAUGCACAAGCACUCUACUGAAGAAUUGUUAAGCAGCCUGGCCAGUGAGACAGUGACGCCCAGGGCUGCCUCCCUCACCAGCGAUGAAGUGGAAGAGUUUAGAGCUUAUUUUAGCGAGAAAAUGUCCAUCCUUCAGAAAAGUGGGAAAAGAUCAGAAGAGAUGGAAUACAGACUGUCUAAUGGCACGAGUGAAGAAGAGGAAAGAGGAGACGAAGGGGAAAUAGAGGAAGCCGUGAGAAAGCCAAAAGGUUCUCAAACUGUGUCUAACUCUGGUGAGACACAGAAGAUCAAGGAAGUACCCAUGCAGUUCAUGGACAGAGCUGAAGACGAUGACGAUGAAGCCGAUGCUGACUUCUUUAAAGUGAAGCGGUACAAUGUGUUCGGGCUGGAGCUUAACGAAGAGAAAGCAUUACAGAACAAAGAAUCUCCUAAAUCCAGUAUCAAGAAAAAAGUAACCAAAGUAGCAGAAGCAAAGAAAGUAAUGAAGAGAAAUUUUAAAGUGAAUAAGAAGAUAACAUUUACUGAUGAAGGGGAGUUGGUUCAGCAGUGGCCGCCAAUGCAGAAAUCCAUGGUGAAGAGUGCUGAGGAAGAGGACGGUACUGGUGGUAUCAACUUAGAUAAAGCCAAGGAGAGGCUUCAGGAGGAGGAUAAAUUUGACAAAGAAGAAUAUAGGAAGAAAAUUAAGGCAAAGCACCGGGAGAAAAGACUGAAAGAAAAGGAAGCCAGAAGAGAAGCUAACAAGAGACAAGUAAAGGACAAAGAGGAAGAGGAAGCCUUUCUGGAUUGGAGUGAUGAUGAUGAUGAUGAUGGGUUUGAUCCCAGCACGCUUCCGGAUCCUGACAAGUACAGAAGUGCUGAAGAUUCGGAUAGUGAAGAUACCGAUAACAAAACUAGUGACACCAAGAAGCAGCAGGCAGUGAGGAAAAGGAGCAACAAUGAAGGAGAAGACGCAGGACCACCAAGCCGUGAUAGAAAGAAGGCCAAGUGGGCGACCCUGCAACCUUUGGACACGGGCCUGUCUUUGGCAGAGGACGAAGAGCUUGUGUUACAUCUACUGAAAAGUCAACGCUAAACAUGCCUUGCUUUUGUCUUCUUCAUACCACCUGUCAGGUCAUUGCGGGCACUUGUGCUCACAAGUUCCACACCCAAAGGACCCGUUUUGGAUCGGGUGUGUAAGGCCUUUCCACAGAACGUGCUUGUCCCAUCAAACCGUUUACUCAGCGUGAGGGCGGCUGAUACCACGUGCUGAUCGCCUUUUCAGCAUGUGCUCUGUUAGGCUCCCUCUUGGUUUCCCGCCGAGUUCCAGAGCCUUUGUCCUGUUGUUAGCAUUGCUCCCCAUUCAAAAGUGUCGACGUGCUUUAAACACCAGUGCUCUCAAUGUUGGUGUAUUUAAGAUAUUUAAGACCUCCCUAAACAGAGGCAGAUGGACCAACCCUGAGAAAGAAUGAGUAUUUUUGAACUGAGAUGGUAAAGAAUAAAGGUUUUUCUUUUAAA